GUUCCCCCACCCGCAGGCGGCCAGCGAAAGAGCGCGUCCUGCCCGGGAAUGCCUGGUCCCAAGGCCUCAUGCUGGGCACAGGGGACCCCGGUCUUUGUGUCCACCGGGGCAAAGGAGGAAGACAAGCUAAGGAGUGCCAGUGCAGAGUUCCAGAUGUUACAGGUCAGUGUCACAGUCUCUCCCUGAGCCAAGACCAGAGCCACCUCAAGAAAAAUGAAUUUACCUGGAAGGAUAUUGCCAAUGCCUUGUCCCUGGCUAACAUGGUCCUGGGACUCUUCUCCAUCUUUUGCAGCUUCAGCAGGAAGUCCCACUGUGCCUCCUGGAUGCUUCUGAUGAGCUUCUUGCUGGACAUGGUGAUAGGGGCAAUGACCAGACACCUCAACAGCUGCUGCAAAACGGGAGCUGAGCUGAACGACUUUGCUGUCUUCACCACCUUCGGCCUGGCCUCGGCUCUCCUCCUCGGGGUGGAUGGGCCUCUAAACGGGUUCGUGGCCAUCAUCUAUGUGUUAACCACUUCCUUCCGCCUGUGUUUUUAUUCAUCUGGAGUCCCCUUCUCAUACAAGGGCCUGCCCUGCCCCUACGCUUCCUGCGUUUUGGCUUCCAUCUCCCUUCUGACCAAAGGCAACACGUUCAUUCUCUGCUGCAUGGCUUCACUCAUGAUUCUGUUCAUGAUAGACCAGAGCUACUACCCACGCGAUGAUGUUCUGGAGUCUGAGAACUGGAAAAAAGUGGUUUAUGUGGCAGGUGUCCUCAUGCUGUUUUUCUCCCCAUUUUCGCUCACCGCGUUUUACUGCCUGAUGUGGUCGCUCUCCUACAUCUUCUUUCCCGACGUGCUGUGGGGCAGAGAAGCCUGCGUUAGGCUCUAGCACGGAGGAAGCCGCAGCUCCGCCAGCCCCCGUGGCGCCUGCGGGCCUGUGCCAGCGUGUGGGUGAGCCGUGUCUCGCAUCACCAAAGCUUUCCCUGUGCCCGAGGUGUCCUGUGCCGGGUGCUGUGAUCGCCGUUGUCUUGAGCCACAACAAGCUGCAGUCAGGCCAGCGGCCUUCGCCUCGUUCUCGUUAUUCCCGGUUCUCACUCCCUCGAGCCAAUACUUGUACGUGCUGUGCAGAACAGACUUUUUUCC